ACACGAACCAUACCACUAACUACGAUGGACAAGUUUGUAACUGUAAUCAAGCCUGCGCGCUCCUCUCUAUGUACAAACUCAUCGCGAUUUACUCCAUACCCUACUUCAAAACCGAAAACUAACAAGAAUUUCCCUGAUGCAGAUGUAAUCUCGAAGUCAAACUACCCAGAGGCUGUGGCAAAAGAUAAGGCGCGCUUGCGCCAACUCCUGGGCCCUCUCAAACAAGACGGUGCCUCUAAACCCUCUGCUUGUAAAAUUACGAAGCACUUGCUGAACACCCUUGCGGACGAGUCAAACCCAAUUACUCAUUCUAAUAUAUAUGAACGUUCAGAUCACGUUGUUUCGGCUGCAUCAGGCCACCAGCGCUCCGACAGGCGUGGUGGCGGGCAUCGCCGAGGGUACCUUGACGAGCGCUCUAUGAAGCUAGAGGUCCAGAAGCACGAAAAUGCACGCGACUUACACCCAGUGAAAAGAGACGAAACAGAAGGGAAAAGAGGUGUGCUAAGUGGUGUGCGCGUCUAUAUCGGUGGCUACCUUGCAGGAACAACCGACAUAGAGAUGAAGCGGAUAGUUGCUGGCGCUGGUGGGAUCACCUUGCUUUCCCCUAGCGGCGCAACGCAUAUUCUCACGUCGCAACAACUCUCAGGUUCAAAAACUCACAAACACCUCGUGUCAAAGCGCAAUCCUGCACAUGUGGUGCGACCUGAGUGGGUAUUCGAGAGUGUGAGGGCGGGCCGCAGAUUGCGAGAGUGGGAAUUUACGGCCACUAAGCCCGAGAGCACUAUGGAUUUGGCAAAGAUGUUCGGGAAAAAGAAAGAGCUGUAAGUGGGAAUGUUUUGGAGGCUGGUCCUCGUUGCAAGACAUCUACGGACCGCUGCUUCCAGUGUUCUCGAGAAUGUAUCGAUACC